UUUGUCUUCCACUUCGGUUUUACCAUAUUUUGUAUUUGCUGGUAUUCUGACUCGCAUUUCGUGCUAGUGUACAAUCAUGUCCCUCACCAAAAAAACAUAUAAAAUAUGUGCAAUUGGCUCUGCAGACGGAAAUUUUACAGCUGUGCUGGAGUUCAUUAAUAGUCUACAAGAAAAACAUCACUUUGACUUUGUUAUUUGUAUUGGAGACUUCAUCACCAAAUCUAAGAGUGAUUCAAAUGCCGUUUCUGAUUUGAUAAGCGGCAAACUAAAAGUCUCUGUUCCUAUAUACUUCUCAGUGGGUUCAGAAGAACUUCCUGAAGAAAUCCUGAAUGUUGUUCAAGGAAAAACGCCAGACGUUUGCGGGAACCUCAUUUGUUUGCCUUCCAUAGGCAGUAUAAAACUUACUGAAGGACUCAAAAUAAUGUCUGCAUGUGGUAUUUACACAGAGGAUGAACCUCAAGACUUAAAUAACACAAAAUGUAUUCCCGAGUACUCCCCUACGCUUGAUGCUUCCCGAUUGUCAUCAUUAAAGGGGGAAUGUGACAUAUUGUUUUCAAAUGAGUGGCCUCCGAACAUCCAAAACAAUUCAAAACUUUCCCUCAUUGAGGCUCCAGCGGGGUGUACACCGUUAGAAACUCUGUUGAAAAGUUGCAGACCUAAGUAUCAUUUUGUGCCUAGCAAGGUCUAUUACGAACGUGAACCUUUCGACGCAAACUCUUCGGAAUCCAGUAAUCGCUAUACUCGUUUCAUAGGUUUGGCCUCGUUCAAAAACAAAGAUAAGCAAAAGUUUGCGUACGCUUUUAGCGUCCAGCUUCCUGACGAGCCCUCAUCUCCUCCAUUGAAUACUACGGUGUCCCCGUUUGCUCCACAAAUGUUAAAACGGGCUGCUGAUUCUUUAGUGAAAUCAACUUCUGAGGGCGAUAACGCCGCUCAGGAUUUAGCAGUAAACCAACAGCAGCGGAAGCAAAAGAAACCUCGUAUUGGGCCUGAAAGUUGCUUUUUAUGCUUGAGCAAUCCAGCUGCUGCAUACCAUCUCAUCGUUGCAAUCGGUACAGAAUCGUAUAUGGCACUUCCAAAAGGUCCACUUUCAACAACGGUUACAAAUGAAAACAAGAUGCAGUUUCCUGGUCAUGUACUAAUAAUACCUUUGGCACAUGUUGCUACGCUUAGUGAACUGGACGAGGAAGCUUAUCAGAAGACCAUUGGAGAAAUGAAUAAGUUUAAAGACAGUGUCAAGAAAAUGUUUAAGUCUUUCGGCUUAGAAGCAGUGAUUUUUGAGGUAAACAAAAAACAGGGAGUCCAUUUGCUAUGGCAAGUUGUCCCUAUUCCCAGCUCUAAGGUUCCCCUCUUAAUGCCGGCAUUUGAAAAGCAGUCUGCAGAAGCAAGGUUUUCAUUUCAAAAGCGAGAUGUCCGUCCUAAGGAAUACAACUACUUUCGGGCCAUUCUUCCCAAUGGUGAGGUGCUAGUGAAACCUCUAAAAUUUAGAGAACGUUUUGAUUUGCAAUUUGGCAGACGCGUUUUGGCAAAUGUUCUUGAGAUUCCCGACAGAGUCGACUGGCGACAAUGUUCACAAACAGUCGAUGAAGAAAAGAAGGAUGCGGAGGACUUUAAGGAGGCAUUCAAGCCUUAUAACUUUACUUUGGAAUAGGUUAACUUGGUUUUAAUGUAUCAUUUAUUUUUGCUACACAUUAA